GUUUGGGGCGGGGGGGGGGGGGUGUAGUGACGUGACAACCCGCAACUGUCAGCGCUCACUACACCCUCUCCGACCAGGAAGUGUCAGAACGCCUCCGUCUGCUCAUGGCCAUGUUAUUCCCGCAGGCUGCACACUGUGACUUGUUUCAAGAUGAGUAAGAGGAAAGGCAAAGCGAUCGGUGAUGCGACAGCUGUCAAGAGCCGCAGGGUGACAGCUGUGGGUAUCGACGACGCAGCAGAUGAUACGAACCAUCAGAGACCCUCCUCAGGCAGCUUCUCGCUCUCUGCCACAGGAGAUAUCGGCCUCAUCGAAAGCGUCACUCUAAAGAACUUCAUGUGUCAUCAUUUGCUCGGUCCGUUCCAGUUCGGGCCCAACGUGAAUUUCAUCGUCGGGAACAAUGGAAGUGGAAAAAGCGCCAUCCUGACUGCUUUGAUCGUCGGCCUCGGUGGAAAGGCCACGUUCACAAACAGAGGGGCGUCGCUGAAGGAUUUUGUGAAGACCGGUGAAAAUUCUGCAGAUAUAACUGUUAAGCUGAGAAACAGAGGACCAGACGCUUACAAAUGGGACGUCUACGGUGACAGCAUCUCAAUCGAGCAGAGGAUCUUUUGUGAUGGAAGUCGAAACUGCAGACUGAGGAACAAAGCCGGCCUCCUUAUCUCCAACAAGAAGGAGGAGCUGACGGCCAUUUUGGACCACUUCAACGUCCAGUUGGAUAACCCAGUGUCCAUCCUCAACCAAGAAAUGAGUAAACAGUUCCUACAUUCAAAAAACGAAUCAGACAAGUACAAGUUCUUCAUGAAAGCGACUCUGCUGGAACAGAUGAAGAGAGAUUACAUCCACAUCAAGCACACUAAAACAGUAACGAGGCAGCAGGUGGAGAGACAAGAGGAGUGUCUCAAGGACCUGAAACACGAGUUUCUGCAGAAGAAGGAGAGGUACGACAAUCUGUCGUCCUUCAGUGAGAUGAAGGCGGUGCUGGAGAAUCUGAAGAAAUCGAUGGCAUGGUGUUUGGUCCGUGAGAAGGAGCAGUUUGUGCAGCAGCUGAAGGAGGACAUUGAAAAGGAAGAGAAUAAUUACAAACAUCAGGACAACCUUCAGCUGUGUCAGACCAGGGUCACACAAGUAGAGAAGAAACUUCAGAGCGUCAAAAGCAGAUUUGAGAGUCUGAGAGACGAGCAGGAGUCUCUAUCGAGGGACAGUCACAAGUUGAAAGAACAAAUGAAGACCAUCAGCAAAGCUCACAAGGAACAGGAGCUCGUUUAUUUCCGGGCUCUGAACAAGCUCAAACAAUCAGAGCAGGAACAAGACCUUCUCCAGGAGAAAAUUAACAAGGCAAAGACGAGUGUGAGUCUCAACAGCGACGUGGAGACAGAAUAUGCGAAACAGCAGAAGAAAAUAUCUGAUCUGAAAGAGCAGCUCGCAGAGCUCGAGAAAACGUGCUCGCAGCUGAACGAGGAGAUCAAGAACAAGCAUCAGGCGCUGUUCAAAGGGAAGGAGGAGCGGGACAAGCUGAGACUGGAGGAGAGAAACAUCCACGUCUUGUGCGCGUCGAAACUGAAGAGGAAGAAUCAGCUCCUGGCCAGUCGGUCAAACAAGCUGAAGCGGUUUGGGGAACACGUGCCCGACCUGCUGGAUUCGAUCGCCGAGGCGUAUGCCAAAAAACGCUUCCUCAAGAAACCUGUUGGGCCGAUAGGGGUGUGUAUCAGUCUGAAGGAUCCCACGCUGGCUGUAGCCAUCGAGUGCUGCCUGCGGAGCUUCAUGAAGGCUUUCUGCUGUGACAACUACAAGGACGAGGCGGUGCUCCAGGAGCUGAUGUCUCGCUACUAUCCAAAGGGCAGCAGGCCGCAGAUCAUCGUCAGCCCUUUCUCUGACAAAGUUUACAAUAUUCACGGACGGAAAGCGCAUCAUCCAGAUUACCCGUCAGUGCUGGACAUGAUCACGGCCGCAAACCCGGUGAUCAUCAACUGCCUGAUCGAUAUGAGGGGCAUAGAGUCGAUUCUGAUCAUCAAAGAAAAGGACAAAGCGAGGAAGGUGAUGCAGCAUGGACGACCGCCUAAAAACUGCCGGGAAGCCUUCACCGUGGAGGGAGAUCAGGUGUUUCCAAACCGGUAUUACACCUCCGAGUUCAGCAUGGCCAAAUAUCUCGGCGGGGAUAUCGAGACUGAAUUAAGUAUGUUGGAGUCCGACCUGGAGAAUCACCAGGCUCAGCUGUCCAGGUUUCAGCUCCACGUGACUUCUGUGUCUGAGCAGAUCGUCAGCAUGGAGAGCCAGCUGAACAGCACCAUCAUGACCCUGAAGAAGACGCUGGCCUCCGUGAAUCAAAUCAAGGCGUCGAUAUCCGAGCUGGAGACGGCUGGUGAGGACCAAAUUGAUGACAUCAGCUCCUUGGAGGAAGUUGCCCAAGAGUACCGACAGAAAAUAGAGGCAGAGAAGCAGGCCGUUCAAGAGGCGAAGGCGGAGCUCGACAAGCAUCAGAAGAUGACAGAGGACGUGGAGUCGGAGUACGCUUCUGUUCGAGAGCGUGUUGAUCAGCUUCCUGAUCACAUGGAGCCACUGAGGGAUGAGCAGAUGAAGCUGGAGACUGAGUGCAUGAAACACGAGCGAAACCUGAAGAUUUUAGAAAACAAGCUGAAGAGUCACGAAGACAACAUCCAGGCUAUGAAGAGUGACCUCACCCAAAGAGAAGAAGAGCUACAGGAAUAUGUGGCCAAAGCCUCAGAGAUCAGCCCCGAGCGGCAGCAGGUGACCGGCAGCACCAAGAGCAUCGACACGGAGAUCACUCGGCUGAAGAAGAAACUCAAGGUGUACGAGAGCAGCCACGGCCAGCACGAGCAGGUGGUCAGGGAGUACGCCGAGGCCCUCUCUCUGUACAGACAGAAAACCAACCAAGUGAGAGAUCUGCGGAGGUUCAUCGAUCGACUCGACAACAUUAUGUCAGACAGGCAGAACAGAUACAAAGUAAUGCGCAGGUCGCUCUCCGUCAGAUGCAAGUUAUACUUCAAUAACUUUCUGAUCAAGAUGAACUGCUGCGGCUCGAUGGUUUUUGAUCACAACAACGAAACGCUCUCGAUCUCGGUGAAGCCUCCGGGCCGGGAGGAGGACGGCGUGAGCGACAUGCGGUCGCUGUCCGGCGGCGAGCGCUCCUUCUCCACCGUGUGCUUCAUGCUCUCGCUGUGGGAGAUCACAGAGUCGCCCUUCAGAUGCCUCGAUGAGUUCGACGUCUACAUGGAUAUGCAUAAUCGCAGGAUCUGUCUGGAUCUCCUCCUGGAGCUGUCGGAGCGGCAGCACCUCCGACAGUUUGUCUUCAUCACUCCUCUCACCACCAGUAAUCUGCCUAAAACCCGCCUCAUCAAGAUCCACCACCUCCAGGAUCCAGAGAGAGUCCGGAGUGAAGCCAGGGACGAAGACGUCAGAGCCGAGCUGCAGUGACAGAAACAUCUGCGAAGCUUGAGACCGGUCACUGUGGUAUAACUUCAGUAUUACUAGAUGUGUUUUUAAAUAUCACGUUUCUUUACGAAGGAAGACUGAGGACGCUUGAUAAGUUUGUCAGGACAUUAUAUUUUCAAAAUUGUUAUGAAGCGUUGUUGUUAUGUUCAACUCAGAUCCGUCCUGUUCUCACUCUGUCGUUGUGGGGUCGCUGUAACUGACAAUUAAAGAUUCGUAUGAUUGUGUAUACCACGACACAGUAACAUUUUACAGUUAUUGUCCCGUAAAAAUCUCACAUAACCUGUUGUAAACUGCUUCUGUGGUCAGACUUUAAACUCUUAUCUUUAAAGGGGCUCUGCUGAGCUUGUGUGUUGCGCUGGAAGCUGGUCUUUAGUUUAUGUUAGCAGGCUCCAUUUCUAAAUGUUAGCUACUAUGCUGCCUGUUAGCGGCGCGAAGAGAUGAGGCACUUGAGAACGUGCAUGAAGUCACAUCCUUCGAACUGCUGUGGGAAAUCCAAUCCGAGUCCUUCAUCAAGACAAUCGACAGUCCAGCUGCGUUAAACAACUUCAACAAAUUGUCCACAGACUUGUGAAGGCAGCUGAGAUCAUUUUUAAUGUUGCGUUACGGUCCGCUCACAUAUGGACCAGAUUGCAUUAGUGUUGUUGUUACUGGUGUCCUGGUCACAGGACUGAUCAACACGUCAUUCAACUCAUUUUCAGCCCUCGGUUACAUUUUGCGUGUUAGGCGGCGUGUGCACUGCACCACUUUUAGGAUUGUCUUACUAUAGUUUUUAUUUUUUUCUGAUCUAUGGCACUGACUUUUAACUUUUCUGUGUGUUUUUUUGGAAAUAUUCUGAAAGCUGAUAUGAAUGCUGUGUUUGAAUUAUUGGCAUUGUCGUCUGUUUUGUUGCAAAUUAUUCACAAUCUUAUGCAGUAAUUGGAUUUUUUUCGUCGGUGUGAGUUUACUAAACUAUGUUUCUUUUUAAUUGACAGUAUCUUUAAAAGUGAACUGUUACAGUGGUUGACUAUGUGAACAGUCUGUCAGUGUUAAUACUAAGUUUGCUUCACUGUAAUCACUGACUAAAGAUGAUCGUAUUUGUGCGCUGUGACGGCCCGGUCACCAGGAUAUGAUGUUAGCGGUUAACACUUCUGCAAACCACAGAUACGUCCCAGCUUCACAUUUGUACCAAACAUGGCUUAUUAGCAGACUUUCACGUCCAUCAGGGGAAGGAAAGGCCGUUAUUUUUACAAGCCACUAAGGCCGCCUGGCGGGGCGAUCGCAACCAAAACCGUCUAUUUUUCACAGGAGGACGUGUUUGUGGUGACCAAAACGUGCCCAAACCUAACCAGAGCAUUAACACAGCGUAGUUACAGGAAAGAAACAUAAAAAUUGAACCUAAACAGAUAUAAAUGUAUCACCUAUCUGUGUUUCUGCAGAAACGCUCUUAUUCUGGCGACUGACUCGGCUGUGAUACAAACAUGUACACUAGCACCCCCCAGUUCUCUCGCUUGUAAAAAAAAAAAAAAAAAGUAUGCUCAUCAUGCUGUAGUGUCCUGUAAAUACUGUGAAGAGUCACAUGAUCUUUGUUACAAUCAACGCUUUUGUAUCUGUCUUUCCAUUCACGUCCCUCCAGCCAAACAUCCAAACAUACACUCGACGCAGUCUUAAAGGAGAAUUCUGGUGUUUUUUGUUUUGUUUUUUUUUAAACCUGGACUCUAUAUUUACACGCCUUGGUGUGUAAAUUAUACAGACUCUCCAAUGUUUUUUGGGAUCUGUACAGUAGAUUGCAUCAGUUAACUCUGACAAAGUGACGUCCGUUAAAAGCAAAAGAUCAAGAUCGACCACAAGAUUCUUUUUGUCUCACUGAGAUCUCGCGAGGGGUGAGUAGUUGCAGGAACACAGCGGUGGGAAUGUGAGUCAGAGGUGGAGAGAGAAUUUCAUUUCAAAGUCGCGGCUGAAUUUUUAACCGAUCCUGACGAUCUAGAUGAGGCAACAACUGCGACAGCUCACUUCUUGCCAGAUUUCAGAGUGAGAUUCUUUCUUGAAUGAGACAAAAACGAUCUCAGACUUUAACAAAAGGUCUUGGUCAAGUUUUUAAAAAAAACAACAAAAAAACAAACACCAGGAUUCCCCUUCGCUUCCAUUAAUUACACUGGUACACCGAGUCUUUUGAAAAAGCCUGGUGAUGGUUUAUUCAGUUUAAUCACUACAGAAUUAUUUUUGGGUGCAAGACAUGCCACAUGUAUAAAAGAAUACAGUCACUUGUAUUAUGAUUUUUCAUAUUUGAUAUAAACAUUUACUAGACAAAGAAUCUGACAUUAGUGACUGGACUGAAAUGUAUAAAUUAGAGACAUUUAUAAUAAUGUGGGGGGAGGGGGGGUUGUUUAUAGACAGAACAGUGAAAAGCUUCUGCAACCUCCACUACUGUAAGUGGACUACAAGCAGACACUCAGUCCAUGCUUGCAUAGCCUAGAAAUGGGGAAGCAAAACUGUUGAAAGAAAAUUUGCACAACAACUCAUCCUCAUCAUCAUCCUCAUCAUCAUCAUCCUCAUCAUCCAGCUGCCGCCUCACACGGGAAAAAAGAAAAAAAAACCCUCUUUCAAAAGCUUUGUCGAGCACCUCUCUCGAGGGUUCCUGCGUCUUUAAUGAUUGUUGCGAACGGACUAGAUUAGAAGAUGAGACCUUUCAAUAAAAAGUUUCUCCUUACAAAAAAGUUUUAUACGUAGGAAUGCAGUGUGUCCAGUAAACAUAUAAGAGGCUUUUUCCCUUUCUUUCUUUUAGUUUUUUUUUUUUCUUUUUUUUUUCUUUUUUA